AUGGAAAAGCUAAUACACAACCAGACCUAUGAAUAUUUGAUUAAGGAAAAUCUACUAGCAAAUUCCCAACACGGCUUUAAGCCGAACCAUUCAACUCUAACUGCGUUGCUCGAUAUCACAAAUAGAUGGUAUCAGAAUAUGGACAUUGGCCAACUUAAUGGUGUGAUAUUUCUUGAUUUAAAAAAAGCAUUCGAUACUGUUAAUCACGACAUCCUUCUUAGUAAGUUGGCAAUUUAUGGCAUGAGGGGGUCUGCAUUACGCUGGCUCAACUCCUAUUUAACAG